GGGCAAGCAAGUGGCUCGCUCAAAUUGCUCACCCCCAUGGCGGGCUACACUGCGGCGGAGGCACCGAGCGCCAAGGACGAAGAGAGAGAUGAUGGAGAGGAGGAGAAGAAGCCAGCCGAUGCUGCCACGGCCGAAGAGAAGGAUGAGGAUGCAGCCUUGAGCCAACAGCAACUGGUGCAGAUGCUGCGGCGGAGGGGCCCCUGCGAGGAGUCCCGGCGCCAGGCGGAGCGGCAGCACGCCUUCUGGGACACCCAACCGGUGCCGUCCAUGAGCUCCGAGUACCCGCAAGAAACCGGCCCUUUGGACGUGGACAAGGCGCCUGAUGACGUGCGAGCGGAACCGUACCCUUUGCCCGCACAGUUCGAGUGGUGUGCAUGUGACGUGAACAACGCAGACGAACUGCAGGAGAUCUAUACACUGCUGACGGAGAAUUACGUGGAAGAUGACGACAGCAUGUUCCGCUUCGACUACUCCACGGACUUCUUGAAGUGGGCCUUGCAACCACCGGAGUACUUGAGGAACUGGCAUCUGGGCGUGCGCGUGAAGGGUGGAGGCAAGCUGGUGGGCUUCAUCACAGGGAUACCUGCUCAGAUCCAGGUUUAUGAGAGGGUCAUCAAGAUGGCGGAGAUCAAUUUCUUGUGCGUGCACAAGAAGCUGCGGUCAAAGCGCCUGGCCCCCGUCCUUAUCAAGGAGAUCACUCGCCGGGUGAACCGCGAGGACAUUUGGCAGGCCAUCUACACCGCUGGGGUGGUGCUGCCACGGCCCGUCAGCGAAUGCCGAUAUCAUCACCGGUCUCUGAACCCCAAGAAGCUCAUUGAAGUUGGCUUCUCGCAUCUUGGAGCGCGUAUGACCAUGGCACGCACCAUCAAGCUGUACAAGGUGCCAGAGAAGUGCCAGCUGUCCGGCAUGCGCGAGAUGAAGAAAGAGGACGUGGCCCGGGUCCACGGCCUGGUGUCCACCUACCUGAAGAAGUUCCCUUUGCAUCCCGAGCUCUCGCCGGCGGAGAUCGAGCAUUGGAUGCUGCCGCGGCCCGGCGUCAUCUACUGCUACGUGCGCGAGAACGAGAAGGGCGAGGUCACUGACGUGUGUUCCUUCUAUAACCUUCCCUCUUCGAUCCUUGGCCAUGAGAAGCACACCCAGCUCAAAGCUGCUUACUCGUACUGGAACGUGGCGACGACAGUUCCCUUGCAGGAUUUGAUGUACGAUGCCCUGAUCUUGGCCAAGAAUCUUGACUUUGAUGUGUUCAAUGCCUUGGAUGUCAUGGACAACGAGAGCUUCCUGAAGGAACUCAAGUUCGGCAUUGGCGACGGGUUCUUGCAGUACUACCUGUACAACUGGAAAUGCCCGAAGAUCGAUCCGCAGGGCAUGGGCUUAGUUCUUCUUUGAUGGAGCAGUGCUUAGUGCCCUCGCACUGCCACAGGGGCCGAGUGCAGGGCCAUGAGGACCCACGGCGGCGAAAGCGCCCUGGUUUUCUUCGGCUGGGGUGGGGAUAAA